GGGGUGCUUGUGGAGGAGAUUUGGAUAAGAUGAGUUCAAGUAUCACCCAAGGCUUGGUUCAUCAGGGCAAGCUUUUGGUUCAUGUUGCUGAGAAUGGGCACUCAUUUGAGCUUGAUUGUGAAGAAACCACACCGGUAGAGGCAGUUAUGCGGUAUAUCGAAUCAGUGUCUGAUAUUAAUGUCAAUGACCAGCUUGUUCUGUGUUCCGAUAUGAAGCUUGAGCCGCAGCGCCCGCUCUCUGCUUAUAAGCUUCCAGCUGAUGGACAGGAAGUGUUUAUAUUCAACAAAGCAAGGCUGCAGACAAAUUCAUCCCCGCCUCCGCUUGAGCAUGUUGAUAUUCUUGACAUUGCUGAACCUCGUUCACCCUCGGCUUCACACGAUCGUCAUGCUUUGGACGAUGCUUCAGAUCCUGCUUUGAAAGCCUUACCUUCUUAUGAAAGGGAAUUUAGGUUUCAUUACCACAAGGGUCAUGCAAUUUACAGUCGAACCCAAGUGAAAUAUGACAACUGCGAAAGGCUGUUGAGGGAGCAAAAGGUUCAACAGAGGGCGGUGGAGGUUGCCAAGGGUAAUUUGGAUCAAUACUAUAGGAUGAUAAACCAGAACUAUACAGAAUUCAUGAAGCGAUAUUCACAUCAACAUCGAAUUCAUUCUGAUCUUUUGGUGAAUCUGGGGAGGGAUGUAGAAAAACUGAGAUCCAUCAAGCUUCAUCCUGCAUUACAAACUGCCAACCGUAAAUUCUUAUCGGAUUUUGUAAAGGAAGAGAACCUGAGGAAAGUGGGGGAGAAUUGUACCAAUUCCCAUAAACUGUUUGAGAAUAAGGUUUCACAGUUCAAGCAGAUGUUUGGUGAGGUGAAGCGGAAAGUUGAGGAAUUGUUUUCUAACACGGCAUCUCUGCCUAUUAGGGAUUUGGAACUGACAAUUAAGGAGCACCAACGAUAUAUUAACGAGCAGAAGAGUAUAAUGCAGUCAUUGAGCAAAGAUGUAAAUACCGUCAAGAAACUUGUGGAUGAUUGCUUGUCUUCCCAGUUGUCUUCCUCACUUCGUCCUCAUGAUGCGGUUUCAGCCUUGGGCCCUAUGUAUGAUGUCCAUGACAAAAAUCACCUGCCUAGGAUGCAGGCUUGUGAUAAUAAAAUUUCCAAGCUACUUGAAUUUUGCAAGGAUAAAAAGAAUGAAAUGAACAUGUUUCUUCAUAAUUAUAUGCAAAAGAUAACAUAUAUCUCUUAUAUCAUCAAAGAUGCAAAGCUACAGUUUCCUGUUUUUAGAGAGGCAAUGAUGCGCCAGGAUGAUUUGUUUUUUGAAAUAAAGUUGGUUCGCGGGAUUGGCCCAGCAUAUAGAGCCUGCCUAGCAGAAAUAGUAAGAAGAAGGGCUUCCCUAAAGCUCUACAUGGGCAUGGCUGGACAGUUAGCUGAGAGGCUUGCAACAAAGAGGGAGGCUGAGGUCAGGAGACGGGAGGAGUUUCUGAAAGUUCAUAGUGCAUACAUACCCAGGGAUGUAUUAGCAUCUAUGGGUUUAUAUGAUACCCCCAAUCAGUGUGAUGUCAAUAUAGCUCCUUUUGAUACUGGUUUGCUUGAUGUUGACAUUUCAGACCUGGACCGUUAUGCACCUGAUUACUUGGCAGGACUGUCUUCUAAGGGUUCUUUUAGAGGUUCAUAUUCUAUGUCUAAUGAAAGCAGUCAAUCAGCAGAGGCUGAGGAGCUUACAUUGAGCCUUGAGAAAUCUGAGGAGCUAAUUGAAGGCUGUGAAUUGGUAGAGAUUGCUGGAACUAGUAAGAUGGAAGUUGAGAAUGCAAAAUUGAAAGCUGAACUGGCUUCUGCAAUAGCUGUGAUUUGUUCAUUCUGGCCUGAAGUAGACUUUGAAUCAUUGGAUGACAGUAAAAUGGAUAAUUUAUUGAAGGAUGCUGCAGAGAAAACAGCUGAAGCCUUGCACCUGAAAGAUGAGUAUGGAAAGCAUUUGCAAUCUAUGCUUAGGACGAAGCAGCUGCAGUGUCUUUCGUAUGAGAAACGCAUUCAAGAAUUGGAACAGAGACUAUCUGAUCAGUACUUGCAAGGUCAGAAGCUUUCAAAUGAUAAGGAUGCCUCUGAUUUUGCCCUUUUGUCUGAUAAGGUUGAUAACUGCAAGCAAGAAGUCUUAGGUAGAGGAGAUGCCCGCAUGCCUUGCUUAUCUAAUUCUGAGCCCAUGGAUGAGGUUUCCUGCAUCUCAAAUUCUUUGGAUGCCAAAUUGGGUCUUUUCAAUGCACAAGCUGAUAAAAUGCGAGAUGGGGCUGAUGAAAAUAUGAUGGACUCUUCUGCAGUACAUAAUCAUCAAAUGGAUUCAUCAAUGCAAGAGCUAAAUCGUGAAGAUCUGCUAGUCAGUGGUAAAGAUGGCAAAGAAAAAAUGGUGGGGCAGCUGGGCAUGUCACUGACACACAGUUCUACUGCUGAAAGCAUGCCUGAACAUCUGAAUGUGUCUCCUUGCGAAACAGCAGCUGACCCAGGCUUUGGCACCAAGGUCAGUAGUGAGCUGUUGUUGGAAUUGGAAACUCUACUUGCAAACAAGUCAAACCAGUUGAACGAAACAGAGGUCAAGCUUAAAGCUUCUAUGGAGGUUGUUGCCAUGCAUAAGAGGGAAUUGGACACAAAUAGGAAGCUCCUUGAUGAAUCUCAGAUGAAUUGUGCUCACUUGGAGAACUGUUUGCAUGAAGCAAGAGAGGAAGCUCAAACCCAUCUUUGUGCUGCUGAUCGUAGGGCCUCAGAGUACAGUGCACUGCGAGCAUCUGCUGUGAAAAUGCGUGGCCUUUUUGAAAGGCUUCGGAGCUGUGUUAAUGCCCAGGGAAUGACUGGUUUUGUUGAGUCUUUGCGCAGUUUAGCACAAUCUCUGGGAAACUCUAUCAAUGACAAUGAAGAUGAUGGUACUCUUGAGUUUCGGAAGUGUAUCAGGGUCCUCGCAGAUAGAGUUGGUUUCUUGUCAAGGCACCGUGAAGAACUGCUUGACAAGUAUCCGAAGGUUGAAGCGGCAAAUGAACAACUUAGAAAAGAAUUGGAAGAGAAGAAAGAUCUGGUUAAAACAUUGUACACAAAGCAUCAACUCGAGAAACAGGCAAACAAGGAGAAGAUAUCUUUUGGCCGUUUGGAAGUUCAUGAGAUAGCCGCAUUUGUUCUCAACACUGCUGGGCAUUACGAGGCAAUCAAUAGAAAUUGCUCUAACUAUUAUCUCUCUGCUGAAUCUGUUGCCUUAUUUACAGAUCAUCUCCCGCGUCAACCUAACUACAUUGUUGGACAAAUUGUGCAUAUUGAACGCCAGACUGUGAAGCCAUCGGCUCCUAUUUCAAUUCGGCUUGAGCAUGAGCUAACAUCUGACACAGGGACUGACCGGUUGGCCUUGAAUUCAGGAUCAAACCCAUAUGGUCUCCCUAUUGGCUGUGAAUACUUCGUAGUGACAGUAGCCAUGUUACCUGAUACCAUUCAUUCACCACCUCCUUCCUGAUCCCUGUUUUAGGCAGAUUGACGUGAUGGAAGAAUUUCAAGUGUACAUAUAUAAACAUUACAUUUAACAGUUACAUUCCUUUUCGUUUUUUGGGAAUUUGGAACUUCAUCUCUAUUCUGUACAGCUGAUGAUCCCAAUAGAAUUAUCUUCGCUUCCCCUGUUGUCCUCGUGUAUAUAAUCUCUAUAAAGUUGUAAACAAUGUAAAUAUUAUUCAGCUUAUGAUCGGUAGAUGCCUACUGGAGCUAUGCUCAUUAGUUCAGCCCGGGUAAUAAAACGUACAUUCUUCCUUUUGA